AUGGAGCCGUUCUACGAUGACAUCAUCAAGCUUGAUGGCGCAACGUUCAAGUCCCCAACUGACGUGGCUGUAGGCAGAGGAAUGAUUGUCGUCGCCGAUGAAGAGGCCGGAUGUGUGCACGUCUUCCACGAACAGAGCCUGCAGCUGCUGAGUUCAUGUGACACCGGCAGUCUUCGGAAGCCAUGCCGCCUGGCCCUCCUCUCAACCGGCCACGUUCUCGUAACCGGAGAGACAGAGGAGGGUUUCCAGGCCGUGGCGAUGUUUGCACUUGUGAAGGGACUUGAUGGAGUCCUCAAGUUUCCGAUGUGUUGCCUUUACUACGUAGAGGAGGUCGUGCUGUUCACCGGCGUGGCCGUGGACGAAGUGGAGCGGCGUGUGUAUGUGGCCACGGACGAGCGGGGUGUGUGGGUGUGGGAGGUGAGCCAUUGGCCCGAAUCCGACUAA